GGCGACUUCUGUUGCUUAGUCUGCAGCUCAGAGCCGAACAGACACACUAGAGUCAGCAAACACCACGGAGGAAACGCAACUGAGUUCUUUAUAGAGACAUGGCAGGAGGGAAAAUGCGCUCCACUCGCAGACUGCGCUCCUGGAUCGUCGAGCAGGUCAGCAGUGGAAAAUACCCAGGGCUGGUGUGGGAUGACGACGCCAAAACCAUGUUUCGCAUCCCUUGGAAACACGCCGGGAAACAGGACUUCCGUAAAGACGAGGAUGCCGCCAUCUUUAAGGCGUGGGCGGAGUUUAAAGGUAAGCUGGCCGAAGGGGGGAAAGACAACCCGGCGUUCUGGAAGACCCGCCUCCGCUGCGCCCUCAACAAGAGUCCAGAGUUUGAGGAGGUCGGGGAGCGAGCUCAGCUGGACAUCUCAGAGCCGUACAAGGUUUACCGCCUGGUCCCCCUCAGCGAGCAGGGUGUGGUGGUUCCUGAAAAGAAAUGCAAAGUUAAAGUUAAAGCCAGCAAGAGGCCGAAGAGGAGGAGUAGGAGGAGGAGGAGCAGCAGCAGCAGCAGCAGCAGUGAAUCUGACAGCGAUGACGGCGGACAGAUCAAGCAGAUAAAGACGGAGGAGGUCACCUCACAGCUGUGUGUUGACGAGUCUCUGCUGCACGGCGACAUCUGCAUCCUGACAGACGAACCCACCCAGCACACGACCAUAACCAUACAGAGAAACAUGGAUGAAGAGAUCACGUUAGAUGUGAGGAUCGAGGAGAGCGUCUCCGCUCCAACAGGAGUCCAGGACUCCUUCAGAGUGCAGGUUUAUUAUUUAGGACAGGAGGUGCUCCAACAUCAGAUCCAGGGCUCUGAUGCCAGGAUUAUGUACCUGCCCUCCUCUCCUGCCCCCCCGACACCGGCCAUCAUGAAAAGCAGGUUUCCACGCAUCCCUCUGCCGGAGCCUCCUCAAUCACUGCAGGCCCGCCCGGAGCUGCAGGCCCUGUUCACCCUGCUACCCUUUAUGGAGAAAGGGGUGCUGCUGACCUCCACGCCGCAGGGGGUGUACGGGAAACGCUUCUGUCAGGGGCGGGUCUUCUGGACGGGGCCGCACACGACCAUGACGGGGCUGCACAAGAUGGAAAGAAACAUGUCGCCGGUUCUGCUCUUCAGUAAAGACGUGUUCAAGCAGCAACUGGACAACUUUCGUUUAAACAGCGGCGAGCCUCCUCAGUGCGGUGUCACUCUUUGUUUUGGAGAAGAGCUGAACAACACUGAAGACCCGUCCACAAAACUCAUCAUUGUUCAGAUCUCGUUCCCGUGGGCCGAGCAGCAGGUCCAGAACGCUCAGUCCAUCUUUGACUCCAUCAGCAUCCUCCAGUCUCUGGCCAAUCAGUCUCCAGUGGGUGAAGUAACUCUGAACCUCGUUCCUCUACCCUCGCCGACACCCGAGACCAUCGCCUGCGGGUCUGUCUGAGCACUUUGUCCACCGCGAGAGGGGUUUUUGUUUUGUUUUUUCAAAUAAGAGACUUUUCCACACCACUUUGAAAGCCAAAUGUACAAAAAUAGUUUGUAAAGGGCUGACAGUGGAUAAAUUAAACAUGGUCUAAAAGUAGGAAACAUGAACAAAGAGCGCUGAAAUCAGAGCGGCAGAUAUCACGGACGUCGAGUUAAAGCCUCUAGUUAACUCAUUCGUGUUCAUAUGGCUCAGUCCUAACAGAUAGUUUGUAAUGUAACCAAACAGCAAACCGAAGUAGUUGCCAAACACACUUCUUGGGUUUGACUUUAGCAAUUUUGAAAUGAUUCAUCGUUCUGAAAACACUAAAAUUUAAAUCGACACUGAAUGUCAUCUCUAGAGCUGCCACCAUUUGUCAGUUGACAAUUUCAGCAAAUGUUUUGAUACUUGAUUCUGUAAUUUCUUACAGAAAAUGCACAAAAACUUUUCAAUACCACGAUACAAUCUCCGUUAUUAAUAAUCCAUUAAUGAUCCACGGCGCAAAGUACCAAAGAUUUGACAAAAAAACUACACAUCUUCUGUUGUAUAUUUGAGCGAGAGAGAUGUUGCCAACAUAUUUGUGCAAUUUAGAGACUGUGCAGGAGUCUGCCUCCUUUUAUUUGGGUGGUUAAAUACAGGAAAUGAUCAGUUAUUUUAGGUGAUAGGAUUUGUGUUUUUGUUGCUGUAGUAUUGAAAUAGGUAUCUAUGUCAGUUGAUUUCUACUAAAAAUCAUGUAAGUUUAAAAGUCUGGUGUUGUGCCAACCCUAUCGCCACCACCUCUCCAGUUCAAGCUUCUCAAAUGAGAUGAUCUGUUAUAUUUCCUCAGUCGAGAAAAACAAGGGAAAGAAUGAACUUUUUUAUUUUGUGGUUCUCUGAUUGGAUUUAGAAACUAAUCGGUAGAAGCAGCUCAGGUUUCUGGAUGUUCUGAAAUCAUGGCUACAUGUCUGCUUUCUAUUAGAGCCAGUGCUUCCCAACCUGUGGGUCGAGACCCCCGAUAAAAGGUCACAAGUUUUCUUCAGUGGUGGGCAGGAGAGCUGUCCAAUACGUACUUGUUAUAAAAUCCCCUCUUCGCCUCUGUGACUUGCUGGAUAAUUUUAGAGGUUUUAUUCCUUUUAAAGUGAAUAUCACUAAAACAAAGAGAAAUGGUUGAGCUGGUUUCAAUCCUUACAUCUGUGAUCAGAAACAAGUCACAUCGGUUUGUCUUAAAAGAAAACAAGAGUAAAAGGUUGAGAACCAUAGCUUCUUGCACUGAUUAAUGUGUUUCUGAUUUACUCUGGUGCAUGUUGUCCUGUUGAAUAAUCAAUAUCGAUACAAGGAUCCUAAAACCCUAAAUAGAGCUUUGAGUAGCUGUAGUUAGCAGUUAUUUUUCACGUUUUUCUACAUGUCAAACCUGUUAAUCUACUCAUCCAACUCUAAAGUAGUCAGAGAUAGUAGUUUUGUCUUUGUUAAACUCGUACAAUAUGCAUUUAAAAAUGUGUGAACACUCGUGUUUAGAUUCUAUGCAACAGUAGUUUAUCCACUUUAAGUCAUUCUUCUGCAUCUUAGGAUUCGUCUUGUGACCCGAAUACCGAUUUAUAAAUGUUUUACUUUUAAGCCAUGUUAGAUGUGUAAGGAGCAAACAGAAGUACGAACAUCUCAUUUCAAUACUGAAGUCCUGCAGUUAAAAUGAUCUGUUGAUGUUUUAAAUAUUUGUUUCUGUUGAGGUUGUCAGAGGAGUAUACACAAUUUUAAUUUUCAGCAAAAACCUCUCUAUUGGAUUUUUGUUCCUUGUGUCUUUUUCAGAAGUUGAUUUGAAUCUUUUAAAAUUUUCUCAUUAAAUCACUUUUGUGAUUUUUUGUUUUCAUUGAACAACCUGUUUUAACACAAGGUGAUAGUCCUUACUGCAGAAGUCGUGGAUUAUCGGCACUUUGCUGCAUGUCAUUAACUUGUAAAAAAAAAAAAAAAAAAAAAAACAGGUUUUACUUUCCGAUGCUCACAGGAGGAGCUCUAGUUGAUAA